AUGGGUAGUGGAGAUAAAAUUCAUCUGAACAUGCCGCUUAUUCAUUUCCACCACCACCAGGGGAAGAAGGAUAUACCGAAGGGCUAUGUGGCGAUAACGGUGGGGCAAGGGGAGGAGCAGCAGCGGUUCAUUGUUCCAGUGAUCUAUAUCAACCACCCGCUCUUCACCGGGUUGCUUAACGUGGCUGAAAAUGAAUAUGGAUUUGAUCAAAAAGGACCAAUUAAUAUUCCUUGCCAUGUUGAAGAAUUUCGCCAUGUUCAGUGUAUGAUUGAUAAGGAGAAAUCGCACCAUCACCAUCACCAUCACAGCCACCACCUCCACCAACACCAGUUUGUGUGCUUCAAGGCUUGA